GUGACGUGUAGGGUUUUCUUUCUACCAUUGAUUUGAGUGUGUAUAAAAGGCGUUCCUUCUGCCCAACAGAAUCCCAUCGGCAUCUUCGUCACCGCGAAAUCAAGAGCGAGAGCUUCAGGAUCAGUUUGUUUUUCCUUCUCUUAUCACGACAACCUAGCACUGAAGUUGGCCAUCUGGUCUGCUGUUCUGUAGUUCAAAGUGGAGAGCGUUAAGUUUGAGACUCCUUUUAUGUCUGAACGGGCCACUCUCUUUUUGUCAUCGAUUGGAUUGCUUGGAGAGUAUUGUCCUACGUCUAGGAAAAAGUACAGCUGCGCUGAGACUAUUGGCUGCAUGCAUCUUGAGUUGCCUGGUGGUCAUAGUAACAGCCCGCGGGUGGUAGCUUUGUCCAGCUGCUCAAAGAACAACAGGGCAUCUUGUAGAUACCACUGCUGAUAUCUAUCUUUUCUCACCAGUACUGCCGUUUUGUGUUUUAACAUGGCGUUGCAGAAUAUUGGUGCCUCAAACCGUGACGAUGCCUUCUAUAGGUAUAAGAUGCCUCGGAUGGUUACUAAAAUUGAAGGUAGAGGUAAUGGCAUUAAGACUAAUGUGGUUAACAUGGUGGAAAUCGCAAAAGCCUUGGGCAGGCCUGCUUCUUACACUACCAAGUACUUUGGAUGCGAGCUUGGUGCACAAUCCAAAUUCGAUGAGAAAACUGGGACUUCUCUUGUAAAUGGUGCACAUGAUACAGCCAAGCUGGCUGGUCUGCUCGAGAACUUUAUCAAGAAGUAUGUUCAAUGCUAUGGAUGUGGUAACCCCGAAACGGAGAUUAUCAUCACGAAGACGCAGAUGAUCACCAUGAAAUGUGCUGCCUGUGGAUUUAUAUCUGAUGUUGACAUGAGGGAUAAAAUCACAACAUUUAUUCUCAAGAAUCCUCCUGAACAGAAGAAGGGAUCAAAAGACAAGAAGGCUAUGAGGCGGGCUGAGAAGGAAAGACUUAAGGAGGGCGAGGCUGCUGAUGAGGAGCAGAAGAAGCUAAAGAAGGAUUCGGUGAAGAAGAAAAGCACUAGUGGAAAUUCAAAGGAAACUGUUACGAAAGUGCCAAGCAAGAAGAAGAAUAAUGGCUCGGAUGACGAUCAUUCCCCAGUUCCUAUCCAUGCUAGUGGUAAAGACGAAGUAGCUGAUGACGAUGACGGCGAUGACGAUGUGCAGUGGCAAACGGACACAUCUUUAGAAGCAGCUAAGCAGCGUAUUCAGGAGCAGUUGAGUGCGGUCACUGCUGAUAUGGUCAUGCUGUCUACCGAAGAAACUACGUCGUCUAAAAAGCCCUCUGAACAUGAGAAGUCUUCGAUCAACGGAAACAAGAAUGGAAAUGGAGUGUCUCCCCAUGUUGCUCUUGUCAACGAGAUCAAAGAUUAUUUGAAGAAGGGUUCCUCCGCUGCCAACCUCAAAUCAUUUUUGGAAUCACUUUCUGGAACUCCCCAGGAGAUUGUGAAUGCCUUAGUUGAGGCUCUUUUUGAUGGCGUUGGAAAAGGUUUCUCAAAGGAGGUGAUGAAGAAGAAGAACUUCUUGGCUGCAGCUGUUGCUCUGGAGGGAUCACAGAUAGCUCUAUUGCGUGCCAUUGAAUCUUUUUGUCUCAAUACGAGUUCGGAGGCUGCUAAGGAGGUUGCUCUGGUUCUGAAAUCGCUAUACGACAGCAACCUGAUCGAGGAGGAAUUUGUAUUAGAGUGGUACCUGAAGGGCGUGGCUGGUGCUAACAAAAGUUCUCCGAUCUGGAAUCAUGUAAAGCCAUUCAUCGAAUGGCUCCAGAACGCGGAGUCCGAGUCCGAGACCGAAGAAGGGUAAGAAUGUUUUUACUCUUGCUGUUCUAGUUUUAGCAGUCAUGAGCAAGUCACUGUCUUGUCUGGAAUAAUAAGUGUUGUUGUCGUUGGAUCAGCUUGUUUUGUUCCUUGUUGGCGUGUUCUAUGCCGUCUGUCUUUCUCAUUUCCUUGUUCCGAUGGUAUCCGCUGUGUGUGAACGACGAUACUGUGUGCUUCCUGUAAUAGUCCACUCACUAUUAUAACCUUACGUUCAGGUGGUA